AUGUGUGGUUGGUGACUUUAUCCCCGAUGCUGAGGCGUCUGUAUCCCUGGCACGGGCCGUUCCUGAGCUGCAGCUGGAGUAGACUGUGCUUGCUGAAGCAAAAUCUGUUCACAAUGAAGUUGCAGUCUCCAGAAUUCCAGUCACUUUUCACAGAAGGAUUAAAGAGUCUGACAGAAUUAUUUGGGAAAGAAAAUUAUGAAUUAAGAAUAGCAGGAGGUGCAGUGAGGGAUUUAUUAAAUGGAGUAAAGCCUCAAGAUGUGGAUUUUGCUACCACUGCGACACCGACGCAGAUGAAGGAGCUGUUCCAGUCCCUCGGCGUCCGGAUGAUAAACAACAAAGGAGAGAAGCAUGGGACGGUCACCGCCAGGCUUCAUGAAGAGAAUUUUGAAAUUACUACACUACGGAUCGAUGUCGUCACUGAUGGGAGACAUGCUGAGGUGGAGUUCACAACUGACUGGCAGAAGGAUGCUGAACGCAGAGAUCUCACUAUAAAUUCUAUGUUUUUAGGCUUUGAUGGUACCUUAUAUGACUACUUUAAUGGUUAUGAAGAUUUAAAAAAUAAGAGAGUGAGAUUUGUUGGACAUGCUAAACAGAGGAUUCAAGAAGAUUUUCUUAGAAUUUUAAGAUACUUCAGGUUUUAUGGGAGAAUCGUAGACAAACCUGGUGACCACGAUCCUGAGACUCUGGAAGCAAUUGCAGCAAAUGCAAAAGGCUUGGCUGGAAUAUCAGGAGAGAGAAUUUGGGUGGAACUGAAAAAAAUUCUUGUUGGUAACCAUGUAAAUCAUUUGGUUCACCUCAUCUACGACCUUGAUGUGGCUCCUUACAUAGGCCUACCUGCUAAUGCAAGUUUAGAAGAAUUUAAUAAAGUCAGUAAAAAUGUUGAAGGUUUUUCACCAAAGCCAAUGACUCUUCUGGCCUCAUUAUUCAAAGUACAGGAUGAUGUCACAAAGUUGGAUUUGAGGUUGAAGAUUUCAAAAGAAGAGAAAAACCUUGGUUUAUUUAUAGUUAAAAACAGGAGAGAUUUAAUUAAAGCAACAGAUAAUUCAGAGCCAUUGAAACCCUAUCAAGACUUCAUUAUAGAUUCUAGAGAGGCUGAUGCAACCGCCCGUGUGUGUGAGCUACUGAAAUACCAAGGGGAGCCCGCCCUCCUGAAGCACAUGCAGCAGUGGUCCAUCCCUCCUUUUCCUGUCAGUGGCCAUGACAUCAGAAAAGUGGGCAUUUCUUCAGGAAAAGAAAUUGGGGCUCUACUCCAGCAGUUACGAGAACAGUGGAAGAAAAGUGGCUACCAAAUGGAGAAGGAUGAACUUCUGAGUUACAUAAGGAAGACCUAAAGUGGACUGUAGCUGCUACUGAACAGAAAAUUUGGGCAUUACUAAGAUGGAUCUUAAAAAGGGGUAACUGUCUUAAAGAAAAGUGUUUGCAACUGAAAGAACUGAGUUAUUUAAGGUCUUAUCUGAAUUACAGAAUAAUCUUGUGCCUGAAAAUAGGUGACAGAUCUGUAUGAAAUGUCCUAUUUAGAUGUCCCAGGGGGCUGGAAUUUGUACAAGGUGUGUUGGACUGGUUUGUUGAGGUUGUUGACACAUCCUGUUAGUGAUUUCCUUCACUGUGCACUCCAAGCCUGGGAAAGGUUAGCUUGAGGGUUCUCCUCUUGGGCCUGUUAUUUUCAUAAGCAUUUUCCUUGGGUUUGGAAGAUCAUGUGUGUGGUACCUGAGUAUCAAUCAGGUGGCCUGUAUAUGCAAGUGACAAUACCCCUGCCCUUUGGAGUCCAUUUCUUUCACUAAUGAAAAGGGUAAGCCUAUAUAAUUUGUUCUUUCAAGAUUUGAGCCCUAAAUAUUUUUCAUUGGGUAAAUUUUCAUUGGGUAAAUAGGUACAUAGCACGUUAUUUCAACUGUGACAUUCUGGUUUUCCUUACUGUGUGGGCAAAUACCAAUUUCAGAUCUUAGGAAAGCAUAUUUCUGUUGAAGCCCAGCUAACAGGAAGUGUGACACACAGAGUACUAACCGAGGCUACACUGCACUCAUUUGGACCCAACAUUGUAGAAUCCCAGGUUUGUCAUGUACAAAAACACUUAAAAUAGUAGUAUAUGCAUGUUUUUAUGUAUCAGAGUAGUUUUUAUUUGCAAGUGUCAAUUUAGCAGUCUGAGUAAACCCUGCAGGGGGCAAAUGUUCCCUCUGCCACUGCUUUAGAUGGUGAUGUAAAGGUGCUGCUAAGAAGACAAAGUAGUUUGCAAAAAACAUUACCACCAUCCUGGGCUUGUGAAACAAGGCCUAGGCUAAAAAACCGACAGCAUUUUUGAGCUGCUCUUCCUUUACUUGCUUUACGUGCUACGCAAUAGAACACACAGUUUGUGGUAAAAGACAAGUUUUUGACCUAAAACAAAGUUUAUAGUACACAUGUGAAAGGAUCCAAUAAAACCUUGAAGGUUUAGGCAAAGAGGUAGGUAGCAAAUUGGUCUAAUUCUAGAACUUGACUAGAACUUGAAAAUUAGAUCUAAGGUUGUUGUAUAUUAUUUAAAAUGAAUGUUUAAUUUCAUUUUUCUCUUAAAGAGUCUCAACUCUGAACAAAACAACCUUUAACUUAUCCCUUCUAGUGUCUGUGCUUCAGAGUUCACUGUACCAAAGUUUAAGGUGAACCUAAUCACAAUCAUAGUUCAAACACGCACAUGAAAACAGAGGGGGGAUGGGGGAGCAGCCCAGAAUGUAUAGCUUUUAACUCUCUUUAAUAUAUUUUCAAAAUUUACAAAUGAGUAUCAGAAGUAUUCAAACAAAAAAAUUAAAAUAAUAACAUUGCCUGGCCUCCUUCCAAAAGGGACAUGUGCUGGCUACUCUAGCUUUUGGAACUUGAGCUAUUUGGAGCACUGAUAACAGACAUGCUAUUCCGUUCAGAAGCAGAUGAUUAACCUCACAUUGCAGGAAAUGCAAAUACGCUUUGUGCCAGAAACAGUCUCAUCCCUUUCAGAGAUGUCUUCAUGUCCUACUGAUGACAUGCCACUAGGCAGCUCAGAGUCCACAAGGUAAUGGCACCUGAAGUUGGUAUUCCUAAAAACAAAGCAUUCUGGUCUGCUUUUUAGCCUCCUCACAUACCCUUCAACUAAGAAACUGCAACUUUCCAUGUAAUGUUACUUUUUACUUAGGUAUGCAUAAAGAGCAGUUAUUUCCAAAGCAAAUCUGGUUUUAGAAUACCAACUUGAUAAAUAAUGUUAUCCUACCGUGUUGCUUUACAAGCAGAGUAUUACUUUGUCUGGGCUUAUAUCAUCUUCAGUGUCUGGGAUUGUGGGUAACAGAGCUGAUCUAGUCAAACCCCAAAAUUUUUGGGGUGACAUAUCUUUUUUAGUGGCAGUAAAUUUCCAUCCAAUAUGGCUCGCACAGAUCCUGCACUGGGCAAUGGUCCAGGCAUACCUGCAGAGAGAGAGAGAGGCAUCAGCUACAGAAAUGCAUCGCUGUCCCCUAAGCCUACACAGAAACACAUCACCAAGACAGACCUGAGGCAAAUUCUAAAGAUUGAGAAGAACAAAUACCAGAACAAACUUUCUAAUUUGUAUGUUUCAUUAUGGUAAGGCAUCCAUUUUUACAUAUGAGUUAUUUUUUUCCUCAGUGCCAAGAGAAAGUAAUAUUAAUAGGAGUUCCUUUACAGAAACUGCUGGUUACCAAGAUCACAUUCUACUACAGCUGCUUUUCCUUUGUUGUUUGGUAUCACUGUCAGCCUAGAAACACACACUUCUGUGAGCAUCACACUUAGGGAAUUGGGGGAGAAGAUAAGAUUUUUAACAGAUAUUUAAUCUCAGAAAUACAAGCCGUGUCAUGUAAGAAGAUACUCAGUCCAACUGGCAAGAUGAGUGUAUCACUGUUCCCCACUCAGCCUGCCUUUUUCAAAAGAAAAGGCUGACCUAGGAUUUACUGGACAGAAGACAAAGAGAGUUCCUGGGUGGUGCUGCUGGCCUGGAGUUAAUACUUUGAAAAACCAAGGCCUACUAGGCCAAGCACAGUUGAGUGCUUUCUGUACCUUCAUCUAUUAGAUGUGCUUCAGGUACAGUUUCCCAAGUUAUAAAGCAGUUGAUUCAGAAUGAGCUGACAGGACUAGGAAGUUUGGAUGAACUGUGUAACUUUUUUACUCAAGUAGCUGUUUGUAGCCAUUCAUGAAAUGAAAGGCUUGAAAAUUAUCUGCUAUAUUACAACAACUCUGCUUAAGAUUCUUGAGUUUUUCUGUUUUCUGCCCAGUUAAGACAAAACCAAAAAAGUCACCACCAUGUUACCCGGGAAACCAGCUGUGCUCUGUGGAAGGCCGGCCUAUUAGAUUCAGGUUGCAAGCCUUAUACACGGUAAGCGUCUCGUGCACGUAUCCGUGGGGAUUCACGUAAGCUGCCAUCGGCCCACAUAAGGAUAAACUAAAACAGAAUGAGCACAGAGUCAAGGCCACAUGAAUUCUAGUGGUUAGAUUUUUAAAAAGAACAGAUUUUAAAAACAGUUACAGAUUUUAACCACUUCAGUAGUAGCAGAAUCUUAGUACAAAAACAGGAGGUUGGCAGCCACUUGUAGUCUCAAGAUACAGGUGUGUAUGUGUGUGUAUAUAGUACAAUACACUGAGCUCACCUUCACCUAAAGGAAUCUCAGAGCGGAAAUGCAGGCACAAGGCACUGCGUGGUCAUCCCUGGGCAGGCAUCGUAAGCUAAGACACAGUGUAUGCUCAGCAGCAUGUCCCACUUUACCUUGGGCUGUUUGUGCCCACAGCCUUCAUUUAAGUCCUUAUGAUGUUGUUACAUAAUGCACAGAUUUUCAACAAAGAUUAGGGGGAAAUGUAAUUACUAAAAAUGUAAUAAAGAACUCACCUGAAUAUUU